AUGGAGCAUGGAGGAAAAUGCAAAGCAGUUACUUCCACAACAAAAAUCUCAACCAAAACCUUAGAAGCAAAACCACAUACUAACCCUGAUCCGAAAGCCAAACCUGGUUCAGAUCCGUCUUUACCUCCAUUCUUGGUCAAGAAAGAAAAUCAAAACCCAAGGUCACGUGGUGAUCAAGAAACCAAUUACAAGGAGUGCAAGAAGAACCAUGCGGUCUCAACCGGAGGACACGUGGUGGACGGAUGCUGCGAGUUCAUGCCCGGAGGAGAAGAGGGCACGCUUGGUGCUCUAAAGUGCGCAGCCUGCACUUGCCACCGGAGUUUCCACCGAAAGGAAGUGUCCGGACACAGAAACAGUACACAAGAACUGAUAUCUCCGGGGUUUUACAGCAGUUUCAGCUUGUGCAAAGCGAUGAUUCAACCACGUGAAGUGUAUCAUCGGAACCAGAAAACUAAUGAAAACGAUUUGAGAAUGAGGAAGAAGAAGAAGAGGAUAAGGACAAAAAUAAAUGAAGAACAGAAGGAGAAGAUGAAGGAAUUUGCAGAGAGUCUAGGGUGGAGGAUGCAGAAGAAAGAUGAGGAAGAGAUCGAUAAGUUUUGUAAGUUGGUGAAUCUGAGAAGACAGGUUUUCAAAGUGUGGAUGCAUAAUAACAAGCAAGCAAUGAAGAGGUUCUUCGGUAACACAUGUGAUCUGCAAAAAUGAUACUAAAUCUUUUUUUUUUGUCUAUAAUAAGUUACUUUUGAGUACGAAUUGGUGACUAUUUUAUAGCAUUUUAGAUGCAAAGCUGGACAACAAAAGCUUGUUCUGUUUUGAUUUCUUAUGUUUACUAGGUGAUAACCCGCGCCUUGCGCGGGGUGAGUGACGGAGAGUGAAAGAAAUUGUAUCGGUUAAUAUAACG